AUGGCGUCUCGCGCGCGCGCGACGACGGCGACGCGCGCGACGACGCGCGCGCGACGGCUCUCGCGCGUGGGAACACGCGCGUCGCGCGUGGGACGACGCGCGAGCGAUGACGGCGCGCGGGGGGGGUCGGGACGGGAAUGGACGGACGGCGUCGGGGGGCCGACGACGGGAGGACAUCGAGGAUGGAGCGCGCUGGAGACCUGGCGCGAGCUCGGGGUGGUGUGGAACUUUAUCACGCCCUCGUCCCCGGAGGGACGGACGGUGAUCAAGCGCGCGCACGCGGCGCAAGGGAAUAAACUGCGAGGGAUAUCGAAUUGGCGAAAAGCGCGAUGGGACGAGGCGAGCGCGCAGGCGCCGAUCGCGUGGGUCGAUUCGCACACGCCGUUGCCGGGAUGUAGGGGAUAUCGCGUGUGUUGGGCGAGCGCGAGUGCGGUUCGGGGAGGGGCGAAACGGGCGGUGGUGAUGUUUUAUUGCGCGGCGACGAGGAAGUUUUAUUUCGAAGCGGACGUUCGGGCGGGCGGAAUGGGCUCGAGUGAGAUGGAUGCGGAGAGCCACAAGACGCCGGAGGAGAUCUUAGAGAGUCAAAAGAGGAUCUUAACCAUCAAUCAAGUCUUCGCGGGGGUGUACGAGAGCAUGAAGGGGAGCGAAGACGCGACGGUGGUCGAGUACGAGGCGUACGAAGACACGCUGCUCAGGCAAACCGCGGAAGCGAAGCAAGCGGCCAAGGGCGGCGGCGCGGGUGGCGAUGACGACGCACAACGAGCGGAGCAUAUAUUCGACGCUUGGGCUGUGGGUGAUGGCGUCACUCCGAUGGAUCUAUACUUUCGCGCGGGGCUCAACUUUGAUUUCCACGGUCCCGCGGGUACCGUCAUGCGCUCCAUCGUAGCCGCCGUGGCCGAAUCUAGAGGAAUGGACGUGAGCGAUUCGUCCUCGUGGAGCAAACAAAAGUGGGAGGACGCGGCCACGGAGCUUCGCAUCACCGCCGCGAGCACACACGCGUCGCUUGCCGUCAUCGGUCGAGGUUGGAAGGUGUGCUGGACCGACCAAGGCGACGAACGAGGCGCGCCGCCGGUGAUGCUGUGGGCGCCCGAGGAAGGGAAGUAUUUCAGCAUUGGUGCGAUUCGAAGGAAGGGUUCGUGCGCGGGAAAUUCCAUCGAUACCGUCCUUCGAGCUCUUGUGGGCGUGGUCAACUCAGUGCCGCCGCCCAAGGGGUUGAAGGAGGCGCUCAAGAGCGACGCAGACUUUCUGCACCUCGCGGACAUCGCGUCGUCGGGGACCAAGACCGCGGUGUCGCCGCAGUCUGACUCAUAUGAUGACUCCGAAGAGGGCACGGUGUACGUCGAAGUCGAGGAUGAAGACGAGGAUGAGGACGAAGACGAAGAAGCGGAGGAAAUCGCCGUUGAUUCCACGGCUGACUCCGUCGCGCAGUGGAAGGACGUGUCCAGGAGAGCUCAGACGGACUACGUGCCGGCGAUGCCCGAUUUCAGGAUGGACGAUACUUCGUCCUUCCCACCGGGCGCGGAACCGAUCGAUGACGGUUACCCGUCAUCAUUGGGUGAGUUUACUCAAACCGAGGCGAUGUACUCUCGCUCGGCUGGCUAUUUGUCCUUCGUCGAGGACGAAUUCAACGAUGAUGAUCUCAAGCGCGAGCUCGGGAUCGCUCGUGACGAUAUGUACCGCGGCCCCAAAGAUUUCCCGGAUCUUUCGAAGGCGACGCCGACUGAGACCGACGGCGCCCUCGUCGACCUGCGCGAAGUCUCGCCUAACGGCUUACCCAAGCCCGCGGAGAGCUAUCACGUCUUGGCACUCGAUGGCGUCGAUUUCAUAGUGUUCAAGACAAAUGACGGUCGACUAGACCUUCGUGAGGUAUACAGCGCGAGAAGAAACUCCAUCGGUCGCUUCAUCGAGGACGCGCAGCGCGUCAACACCGCGGAGUUCAUGUCGCUCCCUCCGGCGUAUUACCAAGAGAUCAACUGGACCGAGGUGAGGGUAUCCAACGAGGAGGAUUUCGACGGUGCCGAUCCAAUUCCGAGCUUCAACACAACGACGGAAAAGACGACCAAGAUUUACCUCGUGUUCGCGCGCAACGCCCCGAGUGAGGAGCACAUGUUUGAUCGAGCGCUCGAUUUCACAAAGCCCGUCGUCGAGAUCACCGCCGAGGGCGACAUGCGUGCCGUCGCCGUGGGCGGCGCCACUUCGAGCCCGGACGCAUCGCUCAUCAUCAAAAACGGCGAGCUCUACUGCCAAGAUGCGUCUGAUAUCCCUCCUUGGAAAGACAUCAUCGAUUCCCACGGCGGGAACGACGACAGUCCGUCCGCGCACAAAGAGUUCCUCACCGAGACGGACACCGACAUCGAGACUCAAGCGUACGCGGAGGAAGAGGACACCCCAGAAAUCGAUCAAAUGUAG